UGCCAUCCCCACUCUCCCCCACGAGCGAGCAGGCAAGCUUUGUGUUCAGGUGUGCUACAGGUGCAUUCAGACAGUAGCAAGUAGUGGGUUUUAAGUCUAAACCACUCGCUCGUAGUUAAUGUAUAUAAUGAAUAAAUACGAGUAAAAUAAUGUUUAAUAGAUGUUGUAAUUCGAGAUAAAAUGUGGAAAUAAAUAAAUGUUGUGAAGUAAGGAUAUUUGACACGAUAUAAAUUUUCAAUGAAACAUGAGCGAAGCGGAGAGCAAGAAUGCUUUGUUAAAAUCCAAAAGUAAACAGUCCGAUCAGCCGUAUUCUGCAGAUAUCUGCAACGAAGAUGAUCAUGAUUGGUGGGCAAGUGACAGUGGUUCCAGUACAGGAUCAUAUUAUUCUGACACCGGCAGCUCUGUGGUUGAAUGGGAAUCGGAGAUCGGACCCACUGGUGAAGUGUUCUACAUAGAAUCCGCGGAAGAGAGCCUGCUCGAGAAUCCCACAACUUCAGAGAACAAGAGCGAGAGCCCUCAACCCGAAUUGACGCGUCGCCGUAGCACGAGAGCUGGCAAAUUGUUUCGCCUUAUUAGACGCAAGGAAAGCAAGCGAUGGAGCACGAGAAAUAAAAGGAUCAACAAUAGCGGUGCGGUGAAUAAUACGGCUGUACAGGAGAAAGGAGAUGGAAGCAAAGAGGUCAAGUUUCAAGAUUUCCAGGCAGGAGAAAUUCGAGAAGUCACGUUAUGGGUUGAUCCUGAGAGAAGACACAAGUUGGGAAGAAGAGCAGCCUUAUGUGAAGCGUACUUUGGUAUCACGCCGGGUGUGUUCUCGGACAAAGUUAGAGUUAUGGUGGCAGGAUUUAUACCCGACGGUGAAGCUAUGAAGAACAGAAAUAUAAAAAUUGGGGAUUGGUUACGGAGCAUUAAUUCGAAUAAUGUUACUUUCCAAAAUUUAGAUCGUAUACUAUCUGAAAUCACUACGCCGUCAAAUGUAACAUUAGAACUGCAAAGAGUCGCUGGUGUCGAUGUUACUGCAAAGUUGCCAAAACAAUCGAUAUUGGCCCAAUAUUUGGUGAAUAAAGAAAACGGUAACUUCUUUAUGGAAUCUCUGUUGCAUUACCCGUUGGGCGUAAUAUAUUUAAAGACUGCGGAUCUUUCGGAAGUGGGACAGGAGUUGCAAGGCGUUUUGUACACGUUUCCACGAUCUGAAAUUAAAAACGUGCAUUCUUCUUUGUGUAUGGCGAGGGGAGCUUUUAUAACUCUUAAUCAUUUAUUACCCAGUAUAGUGGGGUCGCAGCCACUCAGCACAACUAUCAAUAUAGGUGAAGAAGAAAUGCAUAUUGCGUACACAUCUCGCGACGAUGAAUUACUUUUAAUAGCUUUACCCGGCAAAUGCUGUACGUCUCAGGAAAUUGUCAAAAUUACAGAAGACAUCGUCAGAACAUUAGAAUUUACCUAUCAAUCGCUAACGAAGUGUUUUACUUCUGUGGAAAAUCAGUCUUUCUUAGAUAAUUUUUUCACGCUAAUUAUGCACAGAUUAACGAGUAUCAAAGAUUCCUGCAAAGAUGCUGACGUUAAAAAGAAUUCAGUGAAACCACAAAAUAUUGCCGAAAGUGUGGAGAAUUAUAAAUUUAGAAGUGCCUUUUCAGUCGCAAGUUUUAUACAGCUACCGAGAGAUGCGCAAAUUCAAAUAGACGCUGCGUUAAGCGAGAUGGAAGCAAUGGAUUACAGAGACUGGAACGAAGAUCCUAUGGAUUGUCAAAGAUUAUAUACUAUAUUAGGAAGCUGCAUCUAUCACAAGUGCCACCUUCUGGGAUCUCAUUUGCCUCACGAAGACUUAAUUGAUGUACAUUCGUUUCUGAGACACAACGGACUGUUAAAUCUAAUGAGCCAGGAACAGGUAAAGUGCCUAGUUUUAUGGAAACAGAUCUAUCCUUCGUCUUGCAAUCGCGGAAAUAUUGACAGCAAUGACAGUGGCCAGCUAUUAAUACCCAAUGGAAAAUGGUUUUUAUUGGUUGUCGGAUAUGGACAUGAUUUAUUAGCGGUGUUGUUGGAAUCUGGCGGUUGCACUGCAAAGUACAACGACGCGAUAGGCCCGGAUGUAUUUUACGUGGAGGAAGCUCAAGAAACGCUGAAACAUGUACAAAAAAUAGGAGUGACAGUCUUGGCCGAGAAAUGGAUUACAUCCAAUGCUAGACCAGAAGUAAUACUGUAUGAGGAACAUACAACAACGAAGGCAUCAUCCAGCAUAACGGAAAACCUAUUUGGCUUGAUAAAAUCGUCCGACGCGCAAACUGUACCAUCCAAGCAAAAUAUCAAUUCUACUAUUAAUAAAAAGCCGCAAGAACUGCCUUCCAUCUUGAAGAAACGUAGUCCUGAAGAAAGUCCUGUGAUCUCGGGUUCUGUAUAUUCCUUACAAACGUCUGAAGAUUCGCUCAGUCAAGGAACAGGCGGUAUCAGCGAAAUGAGUGAUGAGGCAAUGCCUAUACUUGGAAGACGAGCAACGAGAGAGAAGAUCAAUUCGGCAUCAAGAUUUUCUGAUGACAGUGAUUCAGAUAUCGAUAUAUAUAAGAGUGAUAGUAACGUACUCACAAUGGAUAUAUCCAAUAUACGCGAGAAUUUAUUAAAUCAAGCGGAAUACUUGAUACCGCAAAAGCUAACCGCAGGUGAUAAAAAUUAUUUGUAUCAUUAUGUUCAUUUGGAUACGGUAGAAGGAAUUCUAUUAUCGUCAAUGCCUAUUCAAAAUACACUGAAGGAUAACAAAAUUCUUGUCAAUUUCAACAAGUGUGUACAUGUUAUCCAUAGAUUGUUGCAUAAUACAGUAAAAUUUAAAAUGUUGAAUCAAGAUAUAGAUAAAACAGUAAUCAAUAGAAGUUUAAUCGCUAUUAAAGAACACGGUGUAUUAUUCGAAUGGGAAAAUACAGCUUUCUGGGUAAUCGGACGCCUCUAUAUGAGCCCUCAUCCGAAGGAACUGUAUGUGUGCCAUCAAGACUCUGCACCCCAGAACCUAAUCGAAAUAGCUUUUCAGUUACACUCCUAACACGACCGAAUAUAGAUAACAUACUCGUAUCUUUAUCGAUCAAGCGAAUUUAUUAUUUUAUUAAAAAUAAGUUAUUAUUAUAUUAUUUUAUCAUGCAGUACUGUAUGUCAAUGAUUUUUUUAUAAUUUACAAUUUUAAUAAUAAAAAGUUCAUCUUACA